AUGGAAGGGUCCAGUAACCAGAUAAGUUCGAGUAACCAUAUAAGUUCGAGUGAACUCGACGCUUCUAUAAAAAAGGUCAUAUUGGGAGCUGAUGGUUUGAUUAUUAAAGAAAGUAUCUUCAAACCUAUCAAAGUGGGUUCGAGAGAAAUUUUGCUGCUUUCAAUGGUAAUGGAUGAACACCUUCAGGAUCUUAUGAAAGAAAUGGAUUGGAAAUGUUUUCACAGGGUGUAUUUCUCCAUACCAUUCGAGAGAGAGGCACCGUUUUUUAAAAACAAAGGACUGGAAGAAACUUUUUAUCCCACUGGAUUGACUGAAGAAGCAGAUAUUUACUUGUAUGAUGUGGAACCCAAAUGGACAGGAAGAAUAGAAAGGAGUUGGUUUGAUGACAAGUUCAAAAAGCUAGAUAAGAAACUUGAUGAAGUUUUAACCAAAGUGGUUGCUGAUUACCGAUCUUUAGAUAAGAAAACAGAACUGGAAGACCCAUCCGCCUAUCAAUUAAUUCGUAAGUUUGGACGUUUAAAGGAAAACUUUAUAGCAUUAUCUUACCCUUUUGAAUCGAAUGCAUGGUUAGUAAGCUCAGAUCUAUUCCAAUUCAUGGAAAGAUGGCUUGCCAUGUUAGAUAUAAAUUAUAAAUUUGGUCCUCGAAGUUUCGAACUUGAUGACAUAUAUUUGGGAUCCAAGAUUCGGUGCAUGUUUGAGUAUGGUAAAGACACCGAUCUAUUCUUCUUCGUUCACAAGAAGAAUGGGUUGAAACAUUGGGUAGAUGAAGAGACCAGAUUCAUAAAAAACACCCCUCAAAUGAAUUCAAUAAUCAAAGAAGCACUGAAGUACAUGAUAGGUACUAAGAUUGAUUGUUGUUUAAUCACAGACCUCGAGACUUCUAUUUUGCUUCAACUUGAUUUUGAAACCUCCAAGGGAGGGAAUUUCAGGGGCAAGGCUGUCGUUCCAUUCAAAUAUUAUGUCUGUUUUUCAGAUGACGUUACUUAUACUCUUCAUGCAAUCUUGUGUUCCGUGAUUUACUAUCAGAAAUGUCGUAGAGAAGCUGAAGAUUCAAGUUGUUUGGAUAACGUGAAGAAGUUAAGGACUCUAUUGAUCAACCAAAUUACUUUGAAUCCUAGUAGUAAAAUCACCAGAAGUGUUGUGAUUGAAAAGGAUGACACAAGACCUUCUAUUGAUAACGUUGAUGAGAAAGAUUGGAAGAGCUCCUUCAAUCCUAGUACCAUAAACAACUUUCAUUACCAACCCCUCAAUUUACAUUUGAAUGACCAAGAGUAUGAACUUCUACAAAUAGGCGGCCCACGAUCAACCACUGUCUUAAAGUUGAACAGAUCUGCCAUUGACAAAAAUUUGUCUCAUUUAAAUCUAUCCAAAACUGUGAAUCAUGUGAUAGUAAAAGUUUAUGAUUUGUCAAGAGCAGAAGAAUAUUAUUGGAUGAAUGAUUUGGAAUAUCAUAUUGAAUUAGAAGAACUCCGUCCUUUUUACGAUGAGUGCUUUUGUGCCGAAACCGAAAGUUAUGAGCGUAUAAUGGCAUACAAUAAGUGCAUUGAUUACAAUAGCCGGGUCAACAUCCCAAAGAUGUAUGAAUAUGGUGAAAUCAAAAUCUUUAAGGAAGGCUGUUUGGUAUGUUUUGGGUGGCAUUUGAUACUUGAAUACCUCGAAAAGGAUGAAGAUCAAAUGUUCGAUUUCGAAGAAGCUAAAAGACAGGUGGACAUUUUAGGAAAUCUAGGAAUUCUUCAUAACAAAAUAUCUAGUGGAAACAUUAUAGUUUCUAAGAAGAACUUCCAUCUUAUUGACUUCUCUAAUGCCAAAUUGGAUGAGUUUGAGUAUGAUUUUGCUAAAGAUCAAGAUAAGUUAAAAAAAGUAUGGGAGAAGAUAAAUAAGUCAUGA